GGGAAACGAAAGCACCAAACGUUUAGUGUAUCAGCAACCCCUGAAGAGGCACAAGAUCCUUCCUGACUAGCUAACGUUAGCUACGCGAUUAUGGCCAAAGACAAUCACCCUGGAUUAGGAAACCUGAAAGGACGCGCCAGCAAUGCAGAGCGAUUUCCCUGCACCGCGCCAUAUAAUAAUAUGGACCAGUACAGUGAAUUGGUGGACUUCUUACCAAAGGGGUAUCAGUACCAUGUAUGCAAGUACAGGGCUGUGAGCCAAUCCUCCUGUGGUGGUGGCGACCAUAUUAGUUUUGAGGCCACUGUGCGGCUGACCCUUCAAUCCAAGGAGGAGUUCCUGUUGUGGCUGAAGUUCAUGCCAGUAACAUGGAGAGUGGCCUACACCAGACCCACUAAAGGCCAGAAGACAAUCUUCAAAACAGACUACCGGUGCCAGCAUAACACCAGGACCACACCACACCAGGACCACACUACACGUAGGUCUAAAAACACAGGUUGCCCUGCAAAACUGAAAGUCAGCCUUGUGCGAACCGUGGACUCCCGUGGGCAACCAAGCAGAAGCACUGAUCCCCAUGUACCCAACUACCCAACGAUUGUGGAUAUUAGCAACAUCCACAAUCAUAAUAUACAUGUGGCUGAUGCUGUGCGUCACCGAGAUGUGGGCAGUGUGGCUGUGGAGAAGCUCACCAAGCUGUUUGAAGCUGGACACUCUCCAUCCUCAGCACUGGAUGUGCUGAAGUAUGAUCUGCAGGUUGAGUAUGGGGAUGAUUACAUCUACACCUCAGCAGACCGCUCUAUCUGUCCUGACCUGCAGUUCUGUUAUAGACUGUAUCAACAGAUAUUCAAGGCAGCUACUGAAGACCUUGAGCGUCCUGAAGCAACAGACACAGAGGAGUUGCGGUCCCAGUGGAAAGAGUUUUCGGACACAGUGCUGAAUAAUGAAGCACUUCUAGGAGGAGCAUCAGCCAUGUUGAAGACCUUCAACAAGAUAAAAGGGAAUCCCUCCAUGCUGUUGUCAGCCCUGCACAUGUUUGGCCGCUGUGGUACCAACAGCCAGACAUCGCAGCAAGCGAGAGCUCUCCAGCGAGUCGCUAACCGUGCAGGGCCAAGUAUCGCUGCACAGCCGACCUCUGUUGCCCGCCGGAAGAUGAAGCUUGGGGAUAGACGCCGACUGACUGCGGGGAGGCCAAAGAAAAGUGUUGCAGCCAUGGACCAUCGCUACAGCUACCCAAAAGGAGUGAGGUAUGGCACUCACAGCUUCUCCCAAGCAGUAGAGGGAGGCCGCAGCAAUCCGAAGUAGCAGCACACACACACACACACACACACACACACACACACAUCAUUUUAUCAGUUUGUUCAGAUGAUCUUGUUUUUCCCCCCAAGCCAUUAGUCUUUAACUUUAUAUUACUUGUUUAGUUCGCCAGUUAAUUGGCAAUGUAUAUAAUCGAUUUAAUCCGGCAAUUGCCUACUUGUAGGAGGUCAAGUCCUAAUUAUUAGGCUACAUGACAGAACACGCUUUAGAGACAUGUUUAGAAGAAUAGACUUUGAUAUUUGCACGAUGAAAUGAUGUCUGUAGGUUAGGGUCAUCCACAGGUCACCAGCCUCUGUUAGUAAAUGUAGUGGACUAUACAGCUUGCACUACCAAAUGUAUUUUUAUUAUUAUUAAUAUUAUUAUCCAUUUCGCCACAUAUUCUUAUUUGAGUAACUGAAUGUAGUGCUUCUUGUUUAAGUACACACAAUGCUUGUUUCAACACACAAUGUGAAAUUGUGGCAAUAGAUUGUUAAUGUUAUAUUUAUUUAGAUCUGUUAUUCUCAAUUAUUUGUUUACGAUUAUUUGUUUACAAACAGACGCAAUAGGCUAUGUGAUACAGGGAGGCCCUCAGCUGUAACAAUUAUUAAUCAAAUUAAACAAAUUAUUGAGAUUAA